UGCACCAAAACCCACCAACCUGACAUUUCCUCAUAAUUUUAAACAAGAAUUUGGUUGUCGGUCCACGAGGCCAUUAUGGUCAUUUGGAACUCACAGCUCAAAAUCCCAUCACUGCAAAUCUAGCGCACUCUUAAUACAAAGUAGCUUUCUUUCACCAUUUCCUGUCAAUGUUCCUUCUUUUUCCCUUCAUCUCUGGUUCUUGAUGGUCAAAAACACCCUCUAAAUUACUACAGAUUUACUACAACUCUGGCUUUAGCUUUAGCCGACACGGAACCAGAAGAUGAUUCAAGAGAACCUCCGGCCUUUCUGUAAUGGAGAAUCAUAAGCUCGUUCCCUUCUUUGUUCUCCUCUUCAUUGUCCUGCCCGCAUCGCUCUGUGCAGAGAUUAAGGCGCAGCAGGACAAAGAUGGGCCUUUUGUGGGGGUGAACAUCGGCACAGAUGUCUCGAAUUUGCUCUCGGCAGCAGAUUUGGUUGCUUUUCUGCAAUUACAAAAGAUAAACCAUGUCAGGCUCUACGAUGCUGAUGCUCAAAUUCUCAAGGCGCUUGCCAAAACCAAGAUUAGAGUCAUUGUCAGUGUGCCCAACAACCAGCUUCUUGCUAUUGGCUCCUCCAACGCCACCGCCGCCACCUGGAUUGGCCGCAAUGUGGCCGCCUACUAUCCUGACACUCUCAUCACUGGCAUUGCCGUUGGUGAUGAAGUUUUGACAACUAUUCCUAGUUCAGCCCCUUUGCUUAUGUCUGCGAUUGAGUCGCUCUACAGUGCUCUUGUGGCUGCAAAUUUGCAUACACAAAUCAAGAUUUCGACUCCCAGUUCUGCUUCCAUAAUUCUUGACCCGUUUCCACCUUCCCAAGCCUUCUUCAAUCAGAGCUUAAGCCCUGUUAUAACCCAAUUGCUGCAGUUCUUGUCCAGGACCCAGUCACCCCUGAUGAUGAAUUUGUAUCCUUACUAUGUUUUUAUGCAGAACAAAGGGGUUGUGCCUUUAGAUAACUCUCUAUUCAAGCCCUUGACGCCCUCUAAAGAAAUGGUUGAUCCGAAUACUUUGCUGCACUAUACUAACGUUCUUGAUGCCAUGAUCGAUUCGGUGUAUUUUUCUAUGAAGAAUCUCAAUGUUACUGAUGUGGUAGUACUUGUCACGGAAACCGGUUGGCCUUCGAGGGGGGACUCUAAGGAGCCUUAUGCGACAAUUGACAAUGCAGAUACAUAUAACUCGAACUUGAUUAAGCAUGUUUUUGAUCGGAGUGGGACACCAUUGCACCCCGAAAUUACUUCUAGUGUGUACAUAUAUGAGUUGUUCAACGAAGAUUUGAGGUCGCCUCCGGUGUCUGAGGCAAAUUGGGGCCUUUUCUAUGGGAACACGACUCCGGUUUACUUGCUUCAUGUGUCCGGAAGUGGUACAUUUUUGGCUAAUGACACUACUAAUCAAACGUAUUGCAUAGCUGCGGACGGCAUAGAUGCCAAGACGUUGCAGACUGCUUUGGACUGGGCUUGUGGACCGGGAAGGGCGAAUUGCUCAGAGAUUCAACCAGGGCAGAGUUGCUACCAGCCCAACAAUGUGAAGAAUCAUGCCUCAUAUGCAUUUGAUAGCUAUUAUCAGAAGGAAGGGAAGUCUUCUGGUUCUUGUGACUUCAAGGGUGCUGCAAUGAUCACCACAACUGAUCCUAGUCACGGGAAUUGCAUAUUUCCUGGAAGCAAAAUUGUGAGCAAUAAGACAAGCCAGGUUGUGAACUCAACACAAGCAAGUGGAGCUGACAGGGUUAGAGUUAUGGGCUUCAGUUUCACGCCAAUAUGUGCUGUUGGGAAGGCUUUGUACUUGCUUUCGGGCGUCGUUUCUUGUUUGUUUUGUCAAUUAUUCCUUUGAUGAUCAAGUGUAAAGGGUAUGAAUAAUAAUAAGAUAGUGAGUGAAGGUUUUGGGUAGAUGAAGAAAUACCUCUGUUUUGCUCAUAAUAAUGUAGAAGAAGGUGUUGGAUCAUGUUUCAGUAUGUGCAUGUGGAUGGGUAUUUGUGUAGGGGGAGAUCACUUAUUUUUUGAUGCUUCAUUUGUAAAAGCUGUUGUAUUUUGGACUCAUUUAUUAUUCUUGGAGAAGAAAAGCGCUAUUUUUCUUGA